GGUUUCUCUUGAGAUAGCGAACAAUGAGGAUUUCACUCUUUUCUUGGCUUUUUAUGAUACUCCUUACAAUCAUUUUCUUUGAGAUUAAUGGUGUUUUGGUUUCUGGUCAAUGUCAAAGCGACCAGGAGUUGCUGCUUCAAUUGAAGAGCAGGCUUAAGUUCAAUUCCUCUCUAUCUGUUAAGCUCGAGAAGUGGAAUCAAAGCCCAGAUUGCUGCAUGUGGAACGGUGUAAAAUGUGAUGCUGGAGGUCGUGUUAUCGAUCUUGAUUUGAGCGAGGAAUGGAUUAUUGAUGGAAUUGACAAUUCAAGCAGUCUCUUCAAUCUCCAGCAUCUCCAGAGUCUAAAUUUGGCAUAUAACAGCUUCUACUCCAGAUUUCCUACUGGUUUUGAUAAACUUGAAAACUUGAAGCAUCUUAAUCUCUCAAAUGCUGGCUUCAAAGGGCUAAUUCCACUUGAGAUUUCAAGAAUGAAAAGCUUGGUAACUCUUGAUUUAUCUAUAGAUUUCCUAAUGGUUGGAAGUUUAUUGAAACUUGAGAACCCAAAUCUAGUCAUGCUUGUUCGAAAUCUCAAGGAAAUAAAGCAUCUCUAUCUUGAUGGGGUAAAUAUGUCAGCACAGGGGAAGGAAUGGUGUCAGGCGUUGUCUUCUUCUUUGCCCAAUUUGCAAGUUUUGAGCAUGUCAAACUGUUAUCUUUCAGGUCCCUUAGAUGCUUCUCUUUCUAAGCUUCGGUCUCUGUCAGUGAUUCGUUUGGAUGCAAACAACUUUUCUUCUCCAUUUCCAGAUUUCUUAGCAGAACUAUCAAACUUGACCUCUCUACAUCUUGCUUCUACUAAUUUGCAAGGAAAAGUUGCAGAGAGAAUCUUCCAAGUACUUACACUAAAGACUCUUGACUUGUCAGGCAACCCACUUCUUGAAGGAUCUCUAAAAGAAUUUCUACCUGCUUCAUCUCUUGAGACCUUGCUGCUUAGCAAAACACAUUUUGGGGGGACUUUACCAGAAUCUAUUGGAAACCUGGGGAGGUUGUCAAGGAUAGAGCUUGCAAAUUGCCAUUUCAAUGGAUCAAUUCCAAAAGCAAUGGUAAAUCUCACACAGCUUGUCUCUUUAGAUUUUUCAACAAACAAUUUUUCUGGUCUAAUCCCAUCUUUUGCAUCAGCAAAAAAUCUUACCCAACUAAACCUUGGCCACAAUCAGUUAACUGGUUCAAUUCUCUCUACUGACUGGUCAAGCCUUUCCAAGCUUGUAAGUAUCGAUUUGCGCAACAACUCACUAAAUGGAACUAUCCCUGCAACUUUGUUUAGCAUUCCAUCGCUGCAAAGGAUAGCACUGUCACAAAAUCAUUUCACUGGUGGUUUGAAUGCCCCCCCAAAAUUAGCUUACUCUGUAUUGCAGUCUCUUGAGUUAAGUAGCAAUAGGUUGGCAGGACCUCUCCCAAAGUUUCUAUUUGGACUCCGAAGCCUCCGGAUUCUCAUCCUUUCUUCCAAUAAUUUCAAUGGUCAGUUAUACAUAAGUUCUUUUGUGAAUCUCAGGAAUCUUUCUACUCUCGAUCUAUCAUACAACAGAUUGUCCAUUGACACAAGAGGGACCAGUCUUGAUUCCUUUCCCCAUAUUGGCACAUUAAAAUUGGCUUCUUGCAAACUGAAAAGAUUCCCAGAUUUCUUUAAAGAAAAAUCCAAUUUAUGGUUUCUAGAUCUUUCAGACAACCAGAUUGAUGGGGACAUACCUAAUUGGAUUUGGAAUCUUUCUUCUCUUAAUUACUUAAAUCUUUCUCAAAACUUUCUGGUGAAUUUGCAAGAACCUUUGCAAGAUCUCGGUCCUAAUCUCACUGUUUUAGAUCUUCAUGGCAACAAACUACAAGGGCAACUACCAAAGCCCCCGGCAUAUGCCACAUAUGUGGAUUACUCAAGCAACAAUUUCAGCUCUAUUUUAUCAAUGGACAUUGGUUAUUAUCUUGAGUUCACUUACUUCUUCGCUCUUUCCAGCAAUAGCCUCCAUGGAAGUAUUCCUAAAUCAAUUUGCUCUGCUACAUAUCUUAGAGUCCUUGAUUUGUCAAAUAAUUCCCUGAAUGGCACUAUUCCCCGAUGCUUGACUAGUAUGGACUCUCUUGGAGUGGUGAAUCUUAGGGGAAAUAUCCUCAGUGGCAACAUCUCUGAUACAUUUUCAAGAAACUGUUCUACACAAACACUAGACCUUAAUGGAAACCACCUUGAAGGAAAGAUACCCAAAUCUUUGGCCAAUUGUGCAAUGCUAGAGGUUUUAGACCUCGGAAACAACCAGAUCAAUGAUACUUUUCCAUGCCAUUUGAAGAAUAUAUCUAGCUUGCAUGUCUUGGUUUUGAGGUCCAACAACUUUCAUGGGCUGAUUGGUUGUCCAGAUGGUCGUUCCUCUUGGCCAAUGCUUCAAAUUAUCGAUCUUGCUUCCAAUCAUUUUGAGGGAGAAUUACCCUAUCAGUGGUUAAGAACCUGGAAGGCAAUGAUGGUUGAUUCGAAUGAGCUCAAAGUCCUUAAUUUUGAAGUCUUGCCUCUCAAUGCAUUAUAUUAUCAAGAUGCAGUAACAAUUACCAACAAAGGUUUUGAGAGACGGCUGGUGAAGAUCUUUAGUCUCCUCACCUCUGUGGACUUUUCUUGCAACAAGUUUGAAGGGCAGAUACCCGAGAUUUUGGGGGAAUUCAAGGUACUUUAUGCCCUCAACUUAUCACAUAAUGGUUUCACAAGUCUAAUCCCUUCAUCUCUAGGGAACUUGCAACAUCUUGAGUCUUUAGACCUUCCUAGUAACAGCUUGAGUGGUGAAAUUCCUCAGCAGUUGGCAAACCUAAAUUUCCUUACCGUCCUUAACCUUUCACACAAUCAACUCGAAGGAAGAAUCCCUAAAGGAAAUCAGCUUCAAACAUUUUCAAAAGAUUCCUUUAAUGAUAACAAAGGAUUAUGUGGGGUGCCUCUAAAGGAAAAUUGCAAGAGUAAUGUAUCAUCAACUUCUGAAGGCAACAAUUCCAAUAAUGGAACCCAUAUUGAUUGGAAUCUCAUAAGUGUUGAAGUGGGAUUUGUUUUUGGCUUAGCAAUUGUCAUUUUACCACUUGUGUUUUGGAAGAGAUGGAGGAUAUGGUAUUGCAAACGUAUUGACACAAUUCUUUUCAGGCUUCUUCCUUAGUUAAAUCAAAGUAGCCAAAAUCAAGGACGAAGAGCACUCCAGACACACAGGAGGAACUAGCAAAGUAGUGGUGAAAAAGGGGCAUUGCAUCCUGCCACAGUUGUUCCAAAAAUAAGAGAUGCCUGCACCC